CAAGUUCAAAAGCAACAGAGCUCAAAGAGGCCUGCAGAUAGCUCAGAGUUGACCUCUCACAGCUGCUACCAAAGCCCAGGAAGGUCCAGGAUGAACAGCUUCCUCCUCGUCAUCACCGUCAGUCUCCUGAUUGCAGUUCAGAUACAAACAGGAGUCUUGGGAAACAAUGGUACCGAUUUGGACCCCACUACUCCUGCUCGUCCUGUCGCCGCCGCCACCACCACCACCUCCGGCUCGGGCUCCGGCUCGGGCUCCGGCUCAGGCUCCGGCUCCGGCUCAGGCUCGGGCUCGGGCUCGGGCUCCAGCUCCGGCUCAGGCUCCGGCUCGGGCUCCGGCUCUGGCUCCAGCUCCGGCUCCGGCUCCGGCUCCGGCUCCGGCUCCGGCUCCGGCUCCGGCUCUGGCUCUGGCUCCAGCUCCAGCUCCGGCUCCAGCUCCGGCUCUGGCUCCAGCGGCACCACCACCAAAACAAGCAUUGGGAAACCCGUGAAGAGUGGAGUCUCAUCACUCAUUGAUAUGGGUGCCUGCAGUUUCUUCUUCUUUGCAAACACCUUAAUGGGCCUCUUCUACCUUGGCUGAGGUGAUGUCACUUUUAUAGCCCUAUGCUCCUCAGACAGCUGCCACCAUCAGUAGCAAGACACCCCAACUCAGUCCUUGGAAACGGUUGACACCAGAGAUCCCAGGAAGUUAAAAUUGACAGCCAGUGGCCAAAAUGGGGAGGUGCUGAUGGAAGGGGGCAAGUGACACCCAGCUGGGGCUCAAUAAAGUUAUACUUAUGCUUAGAUGGG